AUGACUGACCAUACACCAGCUCCAUAUAGACCGAGAUCAGUAUAUGGAUACGCUUUGUAUAUUGGAUCAAAUAUUGUAUUUUUUUUAUACAUCAUUUGGGCUGUGGUACCAGAGGAAAUUUUACACGAUAAAUUAGGACUUACUUACUGGCCACUUAAAUAUUGGGCAGUAGCUAUUCCAAUAUGGGUAUUAACUGCAAUCGCAGUAUUUGCUUUUAUAAUUUACCCAGCAAUGAAUUUAUUGAUGACACCAGAUAUUGAUGAUGUAAAAACAAUUAGAGACCAAUAUUCUCUUGUACAAAAUGAAAAUGUUCCAGGAAGUAUCCCACCUGUUUCGGAUAUUCCUAUUACUGAUGUAUGUAGAAAAUUGUAUUUAAAACAAUAAAAUUUUGAUAAUAAA